CGUAUGAAGACUGUCAGGAGGAUCCCACUGGAGAACUGCAACUGGGCUUGAUUUUGCUGGAUAUACAGCGCUCGACAAGGAAGAUAUAAUAAUAUGGAUGGUUUAGACGGUCCUCAGGGACCUCAGGUGACGAUUCGAAAGGCCGGGUCUGAGAAUGUUGACUUUGUGCUGUCGAAUGUUGAUCUGUCACUUGCGAACUCGAUACGACGAGUUAUGAUAGCAGAGAUUCCUACCAUCGCCAUCGACCUGGUUGAGAUCGAAAUCAACACAUCAGUCCUUGCGGACGAAUUCAUAGCCCACAGACUAGGUCUCAUCCCACUAGCUUCCACCGGCAUUGAAUCCCUGCGCUACACUAGAGACUGUGACUGCGAUCAAUACUGUGAAAACUGCUCGGUCACGCUUACUUUGGACGCGCGGUGUACCAGCGACGCGACGAUGGACGUGUACACAAGAGAUUUAGUGAUUAUGAGCCACAACACCGAAGUCGGUCGACCAGUGAUCAACGACCCGGAAGGCAAAGGCGUGCUAAUCUGCAAACUGCGAAAACACCAAGAACUAAAACUGAAAUGCAUCGCCAAAAAAGGCAUCGCCAAAGAACACGCGAAAUGGUCGCCGACCGCCGCCAUCGGGUUUGAAUACGACCCCUGGAAUAAACUCCGGCAUACAGACUACUGGUUCGAAGUCUCGGCCGAGCAGGAGUGGCCAAAGAGCAAGAACGCGGACUGGGAGGAACCGCCGAAGGAGAACGAGCCGUUUGAUUAUAACGCUGUGCCGGAGAGGUUUUAUAUCGAUGUCGAGGCGACGGGACAGUUGCCGCCGAACGAGAUCGUGUUGGAGGGGAUUAAGGUGUUGCAGGAAAAGCUGGCGCUGAUCGUGCAGGCUUUGGGUGACCAGGAUGCGGAGAUGGAAAUGUAGGAUGGGUUUCUCUUAUUUUUGUAAACUAAUAUACGGAAAAGGGAUAUUGUAAGAAUAAAUAUCAA